CCCCUCCCGACCCCACCACGUCAGGUGGAAGGCUGUCCACCAGGAGGAGGCUGCUCCGGAAAGCUUGUCCUUCCUGGCCGGACUCCAGAGGGUGGCAGGUGCUCGGAGGGCAAGGCUGCCUUCCAGCUGAGAUCUAGAAUCCGGAGAACCUCAUGCACAGAAACGCAGCAGCCCCUGCACCCCUCCAUAUCAGACACCCCGAGAAACAGGAGGUCGGACUUCAAGUGAGCCAAGGCCCGGAUUUUGCUCUGGAAACCUGUCCUGCCGCGUCCGUCAUCUGGCGCUAUGCAUCCGGAUCCUGGACCCUUACAGACACUGCUGUAUAUCACUCUUGCCCUCCUGUGCUCCUCAGUGAGUUCAGACCUGGCACCUUAUUUUCUUUCUGAGCCACUGUCUGCUGUCCAGAAACCUGGCGGACCUAUAGUUCUACAUUGCUCUGCUAAACCUGUGACCGCUCACAUCACGUGGUUGCAUAACGGAAAAAGAUUGGACCGAAACUCAGAGCAGAUCAAGAUUCAUCAGGGGACUUUGACUAUCCUUUCUCUCAACCCCUCCCUUUCGGGUCACUACCAGUGCAUCGCCAACAACAGCGUCGGUGCAGUUGUGAGCGGCCCUGCCACAGUUUCCAUUGCAGUUCUUGGUGACUUUGACUCAUCCGCAAAGCAUGUUAUUACAGCAGCAGAAAAAAGCGCUGGUUUCAUUGGCUGCAAGGUACCAGAGAGCAACCCCAAAGCCGAGGUGCGCUACAAAAUCCGGGGCAAGUGGCUGAGGCAUUCUACAGAGAAUUACUUAAUCCUUCCAUCAGGAAAUCUUCAGAUUUUGAAUGUAUCCUUAGAGGACAAGGGAUCGUAUAAAUGUGCAGCUUUUAAUCCUGUCACACAUGAAUUAAAAGUCGAAUCCAUUGGCCAGAAGCUCCUUGUGAGUCGCUCUUCUUCAGAUGAUUUUCACAUUCUUCACCCCCGCCUUUCACAGGCGUUAUCUGUGCUUUCUCAUAGUCCUGUAACCCUGGAGUGUGUGGUGAGUGGGACCCCAGCUCUUCCAGUGCACUGGCUGAAGGAUGGUCAGGACGCGGUGGCGGGAAGCAAUUGGAGGAGGUUUUAUUCUCAUCUUGCCACAGAUAGCAUUGACCCAGUGGAUGCCGGGAACUAUUCCUGCAUGGUGGGAAGCAAGUCUGGAGACGUAAAGCACGUGACGUACAUGGUCAAUGUCCUUGAACAUGCUUCCAUUUCUAAAGGACUGCAGGAUCAAACUGUGUCUCUGGGGGCCACAGUGCAAUUUACCUGUGAGGUUCGUGGGAACCCAUCCCCCAACUGUACCUGGUUUCAUAACGCACAGCCCAUUCAUCCUUCCCCACGACAUCUAACUGCAGAAAACGGAUUGAAAAUCAGCGGUGUCACCAUGGAAGACUCCGGCCUGUAUCAGUGUGUGGUGGACAAUGGGAUUGGAUUUAUGCAGUCUACUGGGAGACUUGACAUUGAAAAAGAUAGUGGGCUCAAGCCAGUAAUCAUUACAGCCCCAGCAAGUACGAAGGUGGCAGUUGGAGACUUUGUGACUUUGUCCUGUAACGCCACCGGAGUGCCAGUUCCGGUCAUGCGCUGGUAUGACAGGCAUGGAUUGAUAACCAGCCACCCGUCUCAAGUCCUUAGAUCGAAAUCCCGAAAGUCACACUUACUAAGACCCGGGGGCUUUGACACCGAGCCUGUCUAUUUCAUCAUGUCCCGAGGUGGCUCCAGCUCACUGUACAUCCAGGCCGUCACUCAGGAGCAUGCUGGGAAGUACACCUGCGAAGCCACGAAUGAGCAUGGCUCCACGCAGUCGGAAGCUGUCCUCACAGUGGUUCCUUUGGAAACAAAUACAAAAGCGGGAGUAGUCACAUCCGAUGCUGCUCAGAAUGAGAAGAGAGAUGGUUCAGAAACUGGACUCGCGAGCUCCCUUCCCGUGAGGGAACAUCUCAGCUCAGCGGAGACACCGUCCGAGAAAAGUGCGAGCGGUGCCUCAGUGCCCGAGGCCCCCAUCAUUCUAAGCCCCCCGCAGACCCCCACGGCAGACACAUACAACCUGCUCUGGAGGGCGGGCCAGGACGGCGGGCUGCCCAUCAAUGCCUACUUUGUGAAGUAUCGGAAGCUGGACGAUGGUGCUGGCGCGGUGGGCAGCUGGCACACUGUGCGCGUCCCGGGCAGUGAAAACGAGCUGCACUUAACGGAACUGGAGCCAUCGAGUCUCUAUGAGGUUCUAAUGGUGGCCAGAAGCGCCGCGGGCGAAGGACAGCCUGCCAUGCUGACCUUCCGAACCAGCAAAGAGAAAACAACCUCAUCGAAAAACGCUCAGGCCCCCUCCCCUCCAGCGGGCGUUCCGAAGCGCCCCGUGCUCUCAGAGGCUGCGGACCACUUUGGAGUGGUCCUGACAGACUCUUCCAGGCACAGCGGAGUUCCAGAGGCCCCUGAUCGGCCCACCAUCUCCAUGGCGUCCGAGACGUCCGUCUACGUCACUUGGAUUCCUCGGGCCAAUGGGGGUUCUCCAAUCACUGCCUUCAAGGUCGAAUAUAAACGGAUGAGGAGCAGUGACUGGCUGGUGGCAGCGGAAGACAUCCCUCCUUCCAGACUCUCUGUGGAAGUUCGUAGUUUAGAGCCAGGUUCAACAUACAAAUUUAGGGUCAUUGCUAUCAACCAUCACGGUGAGAGUUUUCGGAGUUCAGCCUCUCGUCCUUAUCAGGUGGCUGGGUUCCCCAAUCGUUAUUCCAACCGCCCAGUGGCCGGGCCUCACAUUGUGCACACAGAAGCCGUCAGUGAUACGCAGAUCAUGCUAAAGUGGACGUACAUUCCAUCAAUUAACAAUAACACUCCCAUUCAAGGAUUUUAUAUCUAUUACCGGCCAACAGACAGUGAUAAUGACAGUGAUUACAAGAGGGACAUCGUAGAAGGCUCAAAGCAAUGGCACACGAUUGGGCAUCUGCAGCCAGAAACCUCCUAUGAUAUUAAGAUGCAGUGCUUCAACGAAGGAGGAGAGAGCGAGUUUAGUAACGUGAUGAUCUGCGAGACUAAAGUGAAACGUGUUCCCGGAGCCUCGGAGGAUCCUGGCAGAGACCUGAGCACCCCUCCCAGCUCCUUAGGAGGCGGAGGCCACGCGGGGCCCGCAGCCAGCCCCGCCAGGAGCAGCGACAUGCUGUACCUGGUGGUGGGCUGUGUGCUGGGCGGCAUGGUCCUCAUCCUCAUGGUCUUCAUCGCCAUGUGCCUGUGGAAGAACCGCCAGCAGAACACCACGCAGAAAUAUGACCCACCAGGAUAUCUGUACCAAGGCUCGGACAUCAACGGGCAGAUGGUGGAAUACACCACCCUGCCCGGCACCAACCGGAUAAAUGGCAAUGUACACAGGAGCUUCCUGAGCAGCGGAGGUCUCAGCAACGGCUGCUCCCAUCCUCACCACAAGGUCCCCACCGGGAUCCGCGGGCCCGUGAACGGGAGCUUAAACGGAGGGCGUUACCCUGGGCACACGAGCUCUCUGACCAGGACACGUGUGGACUUUGAGCAUCCUCGUCAUCUGGUGAAUGGUGGUAGCAUGUACACAGCAGUACCUCAGACCGAGCCGGUGGAGUGCAUCACCUGUCGAAAUUGCUGGAAUAACAAUAGGUGUUUCACCAAGACGAACGGCACUUUCAGCAGCAGCAGCCCCCUCUCUGUGGUCCCAGUGGUGGCGCCUUGUCCUCAGGAUGGUCUGGAGAUGCAGCCCCUCAGCCACGCGAAGAUGCCUGCGUGUCAGGCUUCCACAGCCGCCGACGGCGGCCCGGCGCCUGGGGAGAGCGUCGCGGACGAUGUGGCAGCAAGACCUGCUCCACACACGUGCUGUCAGGACAGCAGGAGUGAGGUCACCUCUGAUCCCACAGAGGAUGCGGCGGGAUGCAGCAGAGGAGACAGCUGUGUCCAUUCAGAAACAGAGAACACAGUUUUAAGUUGGAAUCCUCUUAUCUUGCCACCUGCCUCAAAGGACUGUACUGAAAAGACAACAUGGUCUCCUCCUGGCAUUCCUUUAGACAGCCCCGCUGGGGUCCUUCAGCAGCCCCAGGAGACCUGAGGAUGUGCCUGGGACUCCAGCCAGUCACUGCACAGAACAGGCCUGGGAAUGGACUGUGUGAGGGACAUUAAUUCAAAUCAGAGAAAAAGCAUUAUUUAUUUUUGUAGCAGUAAUGUCAUAUGAAUGUAUCUUAAAAUGAGUGCCCUUUUAUAUUAUUUAUGCCUGAAAAUUUUCCCUCCCCCCUCCCUCCCCGGUAGGAAACAACCUUAGUUUUGCAUAGUGUUCGAUCAUCUCAGAGCAUUCCACGUUUUCCACAAGCACCUCAGUGAAGAGGGUAUGGUUUGAAAUUCCCUGACUUUUUCCAGAAUCGUGUCAUGGUAUACUGGCACCCAAUCUUUGUCAUCAGAGCCACCCAUCAGUUAUACUGCCCGUGUGGCAGGGCGCCCCUCAAAGCACACACAGUAUAUUUAUAUGUAUAAAUAUAUUACACACACACACACACACACACACACACACACACACACAUAUAUAUAUAUAUAUAUAUAUAUAUAUAUAUAUAUAUGAGAACCCUCUGUGCCACGGCGCGCGAGCCCAGCUUUAAUGGCUCACUACUCCUUCGGGGAAUGUGCGUCCCUUCGGGGAAAGAAGCAGAAUCAUUCUCUUUAGAGCCCAGCAGUUCCAGCAUUCGGUGAACAAAGCUAGUUUCCCAGAAGUUUCCGUGAAACAGACCCGAAUACUAUGCUCAUCUACUGUCCAUACAAGUGCAUCCCAUUCCCCCCCCCCCCCCACGUUUAUAUGUUUUAUAAGUAGAACUUGGGUGAACUGUGCUGUCGAAGCCGCGUCGCUCGGCACGGGUUCCUCCGAGGAAGUGUCAGGCCCGGAUCUUCGCGGCCAGGUGUCGGGGUGGCCCAGCAGCGAGCUCUCUGCCCCGGAGCCCUCGGCAGUGCUGUCGAGGAAAUCGCAAUUAGCUCUGGAGGGAGGGCUGCGCCACCACGUCUGCGGCAGCGAAGGACCCUGUGGUAGGACACGACAAGGAAGCCUGCCCCGUGUCUGCCGGUCGAGCUGCAGCAGCGCGGUGGGGAGCCUGAGGCACAGCUCGGGCCCAGGACUAAACUGCUUUGGAGUCUGAACAUGGGACCUGCCCACCGGGAAAGAAGCCAGCUUCACCUUCAGGGCAGCCUCCUCGUGGACGCCUUAUUUAUAUGAUUAGUAACGCUGUUUUAAGUGUUAUCCCUUUAUUGUAUUUUAUUUAUAAAAAUGCCUUUAUAUAUUGAGAUAUAUAAAUAUAAAUAUACUAUAUAUAUAUAGAUAUCAUA